AUGAGAGGUAUAUUAUAUUCUUCGUCAUGCUAAUCAUCAUCCAACGAAGAUAGAUACUUUAAAAGUGAUUCUUAACAGUCAAUUUAGGAUAUAGCCUAGGAAGGGUAUUUUAAAAGACCGAACCUAUCUGAGUCUUCCAGUGAAUCUAAUUUACAUGAUUUAGAAAUUCGAAAAUGUUAUAAUUCAUAAAUAAAUGAAAAACUUUGGAAUCCUACCAAACGAAUACAGAAAAAGCAAAAUAAAGAUGCCUAAAAUAAACAAAAUUAAUAUUAGAUUAAAAAAAUUUAGAACUAGCUAAUGGUAGCAAAAAAUCAUGCAAAUUUGCUCUUUAAUUCGGGUUUACCAAAUACUAUAAAAGAGUUAUUUAUUACUAAUGAUGUUUAUAUAGAAUUUGACAAAAAUAUUCCUAAUGAUAUCGGAUUUGAGAGAUACCGCGCUCUUUAAAAUGAAUUACGUCCUAUUUCAAAAAUAAAAUAUUUGAAAGAUAGCAGUUUUCUUGUUUUAGAAUUUGAUGAGUAGAAAAGAGGAACUUAAAAUUUUGAUCAUAUAGUAGAAUAUUUAAAGUCUAUGCAGGACUAGAAUUUAUAUUUUUUGGCUUAAUGCCUAUCUACAUAUGGACAAAUAAUGUCAUUUUCUAAAUAAUUAGAAAAUAAUAUUCCUGUUCACGAGCUGAAGUUGAUGUAAAUGAGAAACAAGACACAGUUUUAGCAGUAUUUAGAUAAUGACUUACCUUAAAUUCUAAAUAAACUAGAUAAAUCUAAAUUUUAUGUUUAUUAUGUUUAUGACAUGACUGAAGGAUUUCACAACUAAAUCAGAAAAUAGUAUGGAAUGAAUGAAAAAUUUAUUUAACUCUUUGGAUCUAGUGUAGAAGAAAUUACAAACUUAUAAAUGAGAUAAGGAUGGUUCAAUUUCACCUAGUUUAAUGAUAGAAAUAGACAGGGCAUUGAAUACUUCUUAAACACAAAAGCUGUCUAUGAGAGCUCAUUUAAUUUUAAUGCAGUUGAUAUUGGCUUUGAGUAUGAAAUGGUAACCAUUGAAAAUAUUAAAGUAUUAGUUAAUUGUUCGCCAACAUAUAAUUUUUGCUUCAGCAAAACAGAUUUUAACCCGAUUUUUCAUAAUCAACCUCUGCUUAUCGGGUUUACUUAUCUAUUAGAAAUUAAUCUACAACCUAAUUCUAAAAAAAUGAUCAGGGAUAUUAGAAUGAAAUCUCAAACAAAAUAAUUUGAUCCAAAAUAAAACUAAUAAAAGUUUUCAUAUGAAAAGUAUGAUUAGAUAGAAAAAAAUAUUUACUCAAAAGAUUUGUCAGAUGAAAGAAAUUCAUAUUAUCAUUCAAACGUAGAAAAAUUUAAAAAAGUCUUUAUUGAUGGGAUUGAGAAAGAAGCUGAUAAAGCUAAAAACCAAGAAACAGAACGUGAUAAAAUUUGUUAAUUUGUUGUUAUUUAAAAAAAGUGA